ACCAUAUCAAUCACAAAGCAAGAAGCUAAGCAAAGCUAACACACAUUGUAGUAAUAGAAGCUUUUGUGAUUUGUUAAGUUUGAGUAGUGAUGGCUAGCUUUAAAGUUGCAUGUGUGGUUGUGUUGAUGUGCAUGGUUGUGAUGAGUGCACCCAUGGCACAGGCUAUCACCUGCGGACAGGUUGCCUCUGGCUUGACUCCUUGCCUCGGUUUCCUUCGGUCCGGCGGAUCACCGCCGGGAAACUGCUGCAGCGGAGUGAAGUCUCUCAACGCCGCUGCCAGCACCACUGCUGACCGCCGGGCCGCAUGCAAAUGCCUGAAGGGUUUUGCCGGUAGUAUUGGAGGUGUGAAUGCUGGCAACGCAGCUGCACUCCCAGGCAAAUGUGGUGUCAAAAUCCCCUACAAGAUUAGCACCUCCACCAACUGCGAUGCCAUCAAUUAGUUCUGAAGGACGAUGGAUCUGGUAAAGAAGAAAAGAGAGGACAUUUUUUCAGUUGCAUAUGGAGUAGUACUUUAGAAUUAAUUAAUGGAAAUAAAGGGAAGAGGGUUCCACUUAUGCGAGUCUCCUCUUGGUGUUGGUGUGUCCCUACUUGUUUCAGACUUUGGUCCACUUACGUUAUUAUUGUGUUAAAAUUUAAUCCGUCGGUUGUUGCACUUACGUGCAAUAAUCACAUAUUAUGUACUACAAUUCCUUGCUAUGUUACUCUUCUUUUCACACUUGUCCUA